AUGUGGGAUCUGCGGCGUAUUUUCUCCGUGACGAGUAAGAAAAAAGCAAAACCGAAAUUUGUUCUGCCUUAUCGUGGCAUUUCUCAAAAACGCAGCGUUUUCGCGUAUACCGGGCAUCAAACAGAUUCAUUCUACAUCAAAUUGGACGUCAGUCCGGAUGAUCGAUACAUCAUCUGUGGCAGUUCAGACCGACGCGCACACAUCUAUGCAGUCGGUCAACGACGCCAGUGCCCAGUCGUCCUCUCCGGACACAACGGAGAGGUUAGCGUUCCCCGUUGGUGCCGAUCUGACCCUACUCGAAUCGUCACUUUGUCAGACGAUUCUCGGGCCUUUGUGUGGAACAUGUAUCCUGCACGUCGGUGUAUCCUUCCUCAACCGGGUGAACUGGCCGGUUUGGCGGAACGCCUGUCUCCGUCCGAAGGUCUUAUGAGUCCCGGUGAACAGGAGCGACGCAUUGUCCAAUCUCCUCGAUCCACACCGAAUCGUUCAGCACAGCAUGCUGUAGCGAGCGCUUUGGCAACAACUACCUCACCAUCUGCUGCUUCCGCCAGACGCCGCCAAUCCAACAUUCGGUGCUUCCUGAGCGCGAUUUCUCCACCCUGUUCAUCACAACAAAAUGGUUCGAAGCAGAUAGCGGUUGCAUCAUCUGUCCCUCCAGUACUGUGUUCCGGUCCUGCCGGUCGGCGCAAUGCGGCCACCCUUACCGAAACUUUGGGUGGGGUAGUUCAGAGAUUUCCCGGUCUUUCUGUCGGCCCCACAACAACAACCACAGGGAAUUCUACACCACCCCUUGGUUGCUACUCCCCCGCUGUGACUGUACGGAGCCCGUCGACACCGAAUUCGGCAAGGCAUCGCCGGCUACUCAGUCCAGAUCGAUUCUACUCGGAUGCCUCUGAUAUUGAAAACGUCAGCCCCAAUGUUCCUCUUCCGGUUCCAAUCCAAGCGAGUCUGCCGUUAGAUUGUGUGGACGGCCCGUUGGGUCUUACCCGAUCUCCUAUCCUGUGCUGUAGCACGAAUGCGCGCACCUUUCCUAGCACUCCGGAAACACCUCCGUCCGCCCCGUGUAUCCGACGGACACCGUUGGGUUUACAUCAAGCUCUGUUCCAUACUCCUCCAUCUCCUUCUCCUCAGCCGCGCUUGGAAAACCAGUCGCGUUCUUCCGUGAUCCCAAGAAAGCGGCCAAGUUUGUAUUUGGAUUCGGCUGCGGAAUCGAGGAUCGCAGAUCCCAAAUCACUUUGCAAACGACGUCGUCUGACUGUGUACGAGUCGGUCGAACGACGCAGUCCUUCUCAAAUUUCACAUUCGCCGAGCACACCGACUGUGAGUUGA